AUGACUAUGCUUGCUACUAACAAAGCAUUUAAUAUAUUAUGUUUAUUAUUUGGUGUGUUCUUUUUUGUAUUGGUAAGUAUUUACGAGCUUAUUAAAUAUUUCAUCUUCAAUAUUAAAAAUGUUACAAGGUAUUGUGCUGUCUUAUUUAAAAGAUUGAAACAUUGGGUUCUUGGAGUAGGAUCUUUUGUGCUUGGUUUAUUAUUUUAUUUGGUUCCAUGUGUUGAAACGUACGUCUGUGUUAAUUCCUCUGAAACGUUUAAAGAGCUUAUGAACCAACUUUCAAUCCUUAGGGCAAAUAACGAGCUAUUAUAUUAUCAAGAAAAGCCUAACCAAUUGUAUUGUAUUUUUCAUUCAAAGGAUGGUAAUCAAUUUGAGUCACUCCCAUAUUAUAUUGAUAAAUCAUAUAUUAUACUUACUUAUGUCCCAUCUGCAGAAUUGUUUUUAUUAAACCAUCAAAAAACUUUCAGUCAUAGUCAAGAUAAUAUAGGAUAUCACACAUUAACAAAACAGGACAAAAAUAGUAUUAACGAAAAAGAAUCUACACACACACAUUCAUCUCAUAAUAAAAUAUUCCAAAAUACAAUAUUCUAUCAAAAAGGAGUUACUGAAAGUAAAGCAUUUAAACAAGAGUUUGGACAGAUACUAAGAAAAGAACCUAUUCAAAAUGAAGAGUUGUUACAUCAACAAAAAAAACAAAGAGGUAUUAAUUUAGAUUGUAGUAUUACUGAAAGAGGAAAGUCACAUGAAUUAGAAGGAACAAUCACUCAUCAGGCUAUGUUAGGCUCAGAAGAACAAAUUUCAACUGUUAGAAGAAUGGACCUUGAAUCUAUUUCUUUUAAUGAUUAUUCUCCAUUAAGGUCACAAAAAAAAACAUUCAAAAAGAUGUAA